AUGGCAAAAUCCAUCUUAGAUCCUUUGCCGUCUCAGUACACCCUUCUCGUCCGUGUAUUCGGCGGCGUAGACUCACUGCAAUUCAAAGAAAAGAUGGACGCUUCAAACAGGGAUCUACGAGCACCUGUCGAGAAAGUCUUCAUGAACGAGAACGCUGCCACUGCUGCUUUGGAGAGAGCCUGCAUACCCGAAAAAGUGAAGUCCUUCGUGACCUUCCAGUCUAAUCCUCGCGACAUGGAGUUGUGGGAGCAUUCGGCACAAAUUCGGGUGAUCAACCCUGAAUCCGGUGGUGUUGAGAAAGUGGAGGCAAACUUCCAAAGCUUGAUUCGAGACUUUGGCGCCUGCAUCGCUAUCCCACAGCUAUACGGUCGCGAUUUCCUCGAUCGAUAUCCACAGGCACUAGAGGAUCUGUGGAAGUUUGAUAACGAUCUCUUCCCCCUUUUAAUGAUUGGCCUGCCUCUGUGGGCUCCUUUGAAAGUGAUGAAAGAGGGUCUCGCUGCGCGGAUCCGUCUCAUCACUGAACUCGAGGCUUUGUAUCGCCGAAUCGACCAGUACCAGCAGGGAGAUCCUGUCGAUUUUGACGCUGAUAUGCGCGACGUUGGUGAAACAGCAUUGGGAAGGAACAACGUCUACAGGAGGGAAGCGAUCCCGAUAAGUUUGACCCUGGACGAUUUCUGGAGCUGGACCCGUCAUCUGGGAAGCUUACUGCUCGAUAUGGACGACUGA